AAAGCGGCCUGUGCAUAAGAGGAGUCCUGGGCUUUGCAACACGCGCUUGCCCGUCCAGCCCGCUCUGCACGCUAAGUUCCUCUCCAUGCAGAAUGCGAAGGCGCUUGCCAAUUGCAAAUUGCAAUGCUCUGAGGGGUCCCUUCAUUUGAAUCUGAUAGCUCUUCUGUAGCUCAUCUGUCAGCUCAAGAGCAAGCAUAAACAUGGUCAGCAUUGCGCAAUUGUCCAUGCCCAUGGCGCCUAGUGACUUGCGUCGCUUGGCAGGCCGUCCCUGUUGCAAACUAGCCAGUGCCCAGCAGUUGGGAUCAACUAAGAGUAUAGAUGCUUGGAUCAAAGAAGUGCACAGGUUGCAGCCUGGUCUUAUGAGGAAGUAUAGACAUUUGUCACAGGAGGUUACAACCAACUUAUGUAAUGUGAUGUCUGUAUGCCACAAAAGCGCUAGAUUGCUCUGUUGUGCAUCCAGCACAAGAAAGGAAUCCCUUAGUAGCCUGCCAGCCACAACACUGGGCGAGAACAGAUCUCGAAUGAAAACCACACGCUCAUGCCCUAUCAAAGCUAGCAAUCAAGAGGAGUCUUCAGGUAGCUCAGAUCAGUCUCCAGAGCCCGCUUUCAGAGUCCUUCGAGUCCGGCAACAAGCAGACGAAGAAGCCGAUUGGGUCAAACUAGACACCACCGACGACGCUGUCUUCUAUGAACGGCCACGGUUUGUGCAGCACGCAGAUGACGGCUACAGAGAGAAGCUCACUGCACUGUACAGACAGAAACUUAGAGAAGGUUCGCGUGUUCUCGACUUGAUGUCAAGUUGGGUGUCGCACCUGCCGGAAGACAUGAGCUUUGAGAGGGUUGAGGGGCAGGGUAUGAAUGAGGCGGAAUUGCUGGCCAACACAAGACUUCACCGAUUUUGGGUACAGGAUCUGAACAAAAGUCAACACCUUCCCCACAAGGACGGCACAUUUGAUGCUGUGCUCAUCUCACUUGCCAUUCAAUACCUAGAGCGACCAAAGGAAAUCAUUCAGGAGAUUGCGCGCGUCUUGGCCCCUGGAGGCCUUCUCAUAGUCACGUUCAGCAAGCACUCUUAUGGGGAAAAGGCUGUUGCCGGUUGGCUGCGGCGUACUGCUGAGAAGAGACUCGACCUUGUCAAAAGCAUGUUGCAGACGGCUGGCUUCGAGGACAUCGAAACGGUAUUAACUCACGAGCUCGGAGACGAAAAUGUCUCUACGUUAUCCGAUCCCUUUUAUGCUAUUGUUGGAGUGAAGAGGGAGAAUACAGAUUUGAGGACUGAAGCGCUCGAAGACUUACCUACACAUGAUUCGCUGGCGUUCCAGACUUUGUCACAGGCGGAGGACUCGGUAGAAGAUGGCUCUUCCUCUGACCUAUUAGAAACGUGGGCCAAUGCUUACGAAGUCAUGGCAAAAGAAGCUAUGGACCUCGGAAUUCCAAGGAAGGCCAUUCCCAAGCUAGAACCUCCCUUAACCAGGACGUCAGUAAUCGAAGCGAGAGAUUUGCUAAGUGGGAUUAUUCAGUCUCGCAUGUGUUCAAAUCUUUAACUCCUGUUUCUUGGUAGCUCAUCGCGUCUAAGAGACUUCUCGAUCAUAUCGCAAAGUAACAGUAAAAGUAUGCUUGUGUUCAGCAGAGCAAAUCCGAGAAGUAUGCUGAUUCAAAACCAGAUUCCAU